GGGCGGACCGUCGAUACCUGUUCGACAAGGACAGACCUCGUCGGUCUCGUGAUAGAGAUACAAUAAUGGAUGAAAUGGGGAGAUGAUGAGGGGACUAGCUAGAGGGAUGACGAGCGCGGAGAUGAGGGCACCAAGUUACAGAGACAAGCCUGGAUCCCCAUACUCGUUACGAUGGGAUCGCAGGAAUUCUGAUCCCUGGAGGAGUGUAGGGGAUAAGAAUCCUUACACGCUCGCAGACUAUGGAGCGCGAGGGAGGGACAACGACGAUCCGUGGAGGCGCAGAGAUGAUGAGAUUGAUAGGGACCGUCGAGGCGACUGGUAUCGCCCAACCGAUGGAUACUACGAAGGUGGUCGGUUCGAGCACUAUCCGCGUAGCCCCAGGUACUAUCGAAAUCCGGAUGGGUACCGGAGUCCUGCAAAUUUUGUUUGGAGAGAUGGAGGAGAUUCACGCGGCCAUUGGGAGCCAGAUGGGGACUGCGGAGAUGGAUCCUGUUGUGGAUAUGAUAGGACGGAUAGAGGAGGAGACAAACGUGACGAUUCCCGUGGGCGAAAUGACCGAGGAGGGUAUCCUGCGUCGCCAGGGUAUCGGAAGUCGCCCACCUAUCUGAAGUCUCCUGGAACGUCUAACCAGGAUGGCAGGGGAGCUAGAGGACCGGCCCCUAGAGUGGGAGAAGAGAGACCACCCACACCAAGGAAUACUUGCAUCUACUGCAAGGCGGACGAUCAUGUCAAGAGGGAUUGUCCUGACCUUAAGCGGGCUAUAGACGACGGGCUUGUAUUGCUUGACGACUAUAAGUAUAUCAAAUGGGUUGAUGACAAGGCGACGUGUCAAUGUUUCCUUCGCUGAAGGAAAACGUGGACGCGAGGCGAGUUCGUCCUAAUAAAGGGAAAGAGGUGGC